AUGGCGUCAAGAAAAAACCUUUCAGAAAAUGAAAUUCAAAACCUCCUUCUGGACGUUCGUGAUGAAGAUGAAGUGUUUCUUGGGGAGAAAUUAGAAGAUGAGCUGGAUGAAAUUAUUCCCAAUUAUCGCGAUGAACAGGUUCCUGUCGAAGAGGAUGGCUCUAACCAUGAAACAGAUCUUGAAAGUUCGGAAGAAGAAAUUGAAGAGGAUAUUGUCCAGGUUAGAAUCAAAAAUUCUCCGGUAACAGUUCUUACAGUACCCGAAGUUUUGCGAGGUAAAGGAACAAAAAAAUCAAAGAACUAG